AUGGGUGUGGUUACUAAGUUUUUGGUGCAUUGGUUUUUCAGAGUUUUGUCAUCACUUGGUCUAUUGCAGAAGGAGGUUAAUAUCUUGUUUCUAAGGCUCGAAAUUGUCGGCAAAACCUCUUUGCUUCAAAUGUUGAAGAACAAGCAGGUCGAUGCAGUUGUUUACUUGGUGGAUGCUAGCGACAGAGAUCGAUUUCCAGAGUCAAGAAGAGAAUUAGAGGCGCUCCUAUCAUAUGAAUCAUUGGCUAAUGUACCUUUCUUGAUUUUGGGCGACAAGACUGACAUUCCAAAUGUUGCAUUAGAGUAUGAGUUGCAUUACUACAUUCAUGUGCAAUGGCUUAUUACUGGAAACGUAAGAUGA